AUGACUGACGAAGAUGACGGCUGGAACGACGGAUUCCGAUCACCCUCAAUCCAGUCUGACGAUGACGACAACGACGUUCCACUCAAACCUAUGAGUGGCAAUUUUGAUCUUCUAAAAGAGCUAGACUUGAGUUUGAGAGGAGAGACCAUCAAUAAUCGAGAGACUCCAUGGACUAUCGCAUCUCAAAAGUCGGUGUUGGCAGUACAGCCCAAAAAUCAAAAGGAGACGAUCUCAAGAGUUCGUCUGGACGUCAAGGACACAGGUCUACAGCAUGAUGAUCAUCCUAUUCCACCACCACCACCCCCUCCGAUCUCGUCGGGACGCACAACUACUACAAAUAAAGGCAAAUACGGUGGAACAUGGGCAACGACAAACGUCACACGAAAGAAGGAUAAAUCCGAUGGUCCACCUUCACCAACUCCAGAAGUGAAAGUCAAAAAACCUAGAAACAGCGGAUGGUACGAUGCUAUGGGUAAUCCAAUUCCCACAACUACUAACCCUGCCAGAAAGAAAAAGAUAGUCGAUAAAGCCGACGAGUUGAUGAGCACUCAAGAAAAGAAAGCGAGGUCGAAGGAAAAGGCAGCUGCAACCAGGAAAAGGAAUAAAGAACUUAAGAAAUUGAAAGAAGAGGCUAUCAAGUUUGGCAAGCUACCCGCCGGUAUCGCUCCAACAGAUGAAUUCCCGAUUGUCCAAGGUUUAGAAAAAAUGAAAGAUUUGCCAACGAAAUCGAAAAGCCGCAAACCAACUGCAAAGGGGAGUGACCAUGGAGUGACAAACGAAGCUGGCGGUAUCAAACUAACAGCCGAAGAGAUCAAUGACCUCGUCAGUAGUAUACCUCAAGCUAGGGAGAGGAAAGAAUUGGAUGAAGAGGAUAGUGUCAAGGCGAAAUCUGUCAGAUCUGACGAAUUGAAGAAUAAAACUGUUGACAGAUCGGUAGAUGGGAUCAUUAAGCAUUUCACAGACACCCUCAAUAACGACCAGAGUCGACUGAUCAAAUACACUUUUCAUUCUCAGAAGAAUCGUCCCAAUCGGCCAUCUGUCAUUUUGUCUAUAUCAAGUGAUGGGUCUCCUCCUCCUAAAGAGUAUCUUCCAACCCCUCCUGAAGAUGACGACGACUCUGCGGAACAGCCUUCGACCAUCACCAAUCUGCCGUCUUCCGUGAUCCGAAAUAUCGACGUCGAUGACGAGAACACCUCUUCCGGAAUCUUGCCAUGUAGUUCUCCCUUGGAUAAGUACAACAAGAGUUCUCGUAAGGUCAUCGAACCUCUUCCCUUCAGACAAGGUGAUGCGGAAGUUAGAGAUUCGGCGACCGCUGCUAAAACACAUCGUCGCACUCCGAAUACAGAUCCACGAUCUGUGCAAAGUUACGGGCAAAAACGAUAUCUCAACCAAUUUGAACUCCACUUACCUACUCCUCGUCCAUCUAUGACCAGCACCCUGAAUCGAACCCCUGCUCAAUCUGCAACUAUGAAGCCAUCUUCUUCUCGCUAUAGCCCCGAACCAUCUGCAAACCAACACAAAAGAUCAGCUUCGCCCGAUGGUGGAAAAGAGUGGACAAGUUAUUCGGCAAACAAAAAGCCAAAACGAAAUAACACUAACGUUCACAAACAUGACAAAAUCACUAACAGAUCUUACUUUCCAACUAAUAUUUUCGCAAAGAAACCCCACUUUUCUAUCUCAGAACGGCAAAAAAGUCCUCCAAGAUCAAUGACGGGUGCUGCCAAACCGAAGUUAUUCACUCCCUCCACACUUGAUCAAGAUCAGUCCAAAACUUCUCUGUAUACUAUCAAGACUAUUCACGGAGAGAAGUACGGUUCCGGCGCUCCUUCCAAAAUUCAAGUCCAGGAAGAAGUGCGAUAUCUAGAUCGUGAUGUUCAGCCCAAGUACCGUGCAAAGAAUGGUUCCAACUUGGCAGGACCUUCAGAUCUCAAACGCUCCAAUACUCGGCCGAUCGAUUACAGGUGUGAUAGACAAGCCACUGAUCCCUCCAAGCGCUACAAGCAAGGUUCGCAGAACAGCGGUUUCAUUCCAGAUGCUAACCCACCAGACGGAUCUAACGGAUAUACUCACUUUGAUGGAUACAGCAAUUCAGAACGCUCAAAACCGCGUCUUGCUCAAGGCACUCAUACUAAUGAAAGAAUUGAACAAGAAGAUUGGACUCAAGCAUGGACUCGACCAGCGCAAGCAAGACCAAGACGACCAGUCACUCCUGAAUUCCCUCAGCAUCCUCGAGGGUAUCAACAAGACGAUUAUUCCCAUAGUCAUCCUGAAGCAAUGGAUACUAAUCUUUACUAA